AUGCAGCAGAAGCAGGCUGCCGGCAGCUGCUCCCCGUGGGUGCAGUCGCCGCUGCACUGCCGGCUCCGGUUCCCUCCCUCGCCCGCCGCCAUAUCUACGGCGCUGCACCGGCUGGAGGGCGACGUGCACGCGCUGGCCGUGGCGCGGGGCGUGCUGUUCACGGUGUCCGACAGCGGUCGCGUCCGCGCGUGGGUGGCGCCCGGUUGCUUCAACCGCGGCUACCUCGACGUCGGCCGCGGCCGCGUCUCGGCGCUGGCGGCCUGCGGGGGCACGCUCGUCACGUCCCACGCCCGCGACCACCGCGUCCGUGUCUGGACCGUCCGCGCCGCCGCCGUGUGCGACCACGUCCGCGCCAAGAAGGCGGCCACGCUCCCCGCCAAGUCGUCGCUCCUCCUCCAGAACCCGUUCGGCAAGCGGCGGCAAGCUUUAUUACAGCAGCAAAAUGAUUAA